AUGACGACGGAUUAUAAAGGUAACGGUCAAAACGACUCCGCUCGUUCUUCUCAGUCGUCACUGACAUCGAUGGAGGAAACAACCACCAAUUCUCUUCAUCUCCCGCAUCUUCCGUUCGAUCUGGUCGUAGAAAUACUGUGCAGACUCCCCGUCAAACACCUCCUUCAACUCCGCUGUGUCUGUAAAUCAUGGAAGUCUCUUAUCUCCGGAGAUUCCAACUUCGCCAAGAAGCACCUCCGCUUGGCAACCUCUAACCACGACCGCCACCACCUCAUCCAAAUCCCUACUCACUCCCCAAAGGAGUCGGUUCUAUGUCAUUCUCCAAUCUCCUCUAUCGUCAGCUCCGCAUCAACUACUAGUGUCAAACUGUUCAGCUACUUUUUAGGAGAUAUUCUUAUCAAAGGUGUAGCUUCCACUUGUGACGGCAUCAUAUGUUUUAGGAUACAUGAAUCUUUAGCCCUUUUGUGUAACCCUUUCAUUAGAAAAUUCAAAAUAUUGCCUCCUUUGAAAUAUCGGUGCCAAAGAUACGUUGCAUAUACAUUAGUGUAUGACCGUUUCACAGAUAAAUAUAAGGUUAUUGCCGUUCAUGUGUGUAGUGGCAAAAUAGAAGCCAACGUUCAUACUCUGGGUACAGAUUAUUGGAGAAGGAUUCCGAACUUCCCAGGUCCUGCCCUCAUUCCUAUGCAAGGAAUAUUUCUGAUGGACUCUGUUAAUUGGUUGCCAUAUGGUGACAGUGGUAUUGUAUCGUUCAUUGUUUCUCUUGAUUUGGAGAAAGAGUCCUGGCAAAAGCUUUCCUUGCCUGCCUCUGAUGUUAUUACCGUUUUUAUGACCUUAGGGAGAUUGAGGGGUUGUUUGUCUCUCCUCUUUGACCGAAGGGACAUGUUUUCUGAUAUUUGGAUUAUGAAGGAAUAUGGAAAUGAAAAAUCUUGGACUAAAUUGUUAACUGUUCCUCCCAUGGAAGAACCUGGCUUUUAUGGCUUUACCAUGGCAUUAUAUAUUUCAAAGGAUGACCAAGUGUUGAUGAAGUAUCUCAAGGAGAGGAAAUAUAGUUUGGUUGUUUAUGAUUCCAUAAAUAAUACUUUUAACAUUCCUAAAUUUCAAAACAACAACCAUGGUGAAAUGGUAGCACAAGAAAUCUACGUUGAGAGCUUGAUAUCACCUUUCUAG